AAGGCGGGUGUUCUUCAACCAACCAACUACUCUGCUUGGGCCGCACCUAUUGUGUUGGUGAAGAAGGCCAACGGGACGAUCCGGUUGUCCGCAGAUUUCUCCACCGGUCUCAUCUCGGCGCUGGAUACCAAUCAAUACCCUCUGCCUCUCCCAGACUUUUUAUUCGCGAAAGUGAAUGGGGAUAAGUGUUUCGCGAAGAUUGACUUGGCCGAUGCGUGCCUACAGGUUGAAGUAGAGGAAGAAACCCGAGAACUGCUCACGAUCAACACGCUUCGAGGUCUGUUCCAUUACACUCGACUGCUAUUUGGUGUCAAAAUAGCGCCAGCCAUAUUUCAACAGAUUAUGGAUACGGUGCUGAAGGAUGCCCCCAGCGUUGGCGCCUAUUUGGACGAUCUCAUUGUCAUGGGUUCGAACCCCCACGAACUGUUGCAGCGCCUUGAUUACGUGCUUAGUCGUAUUCAAGAAUAUGGCUUCAAAGUGCACCGAGAGAAACGCACCUUUUUCAUGUGGUCGAUAAAGUACCUCGGGUUCAUUAUUGACGAACAUGGCCGCCGUCCAGACCCGGAGAACAUUGAAGCGAUCAAACGUAUGCCAGCAUUCACAGACGUGCCGUCCCUCAGGUCUUUCCUCGGUCUCGUCAGUCACUACAGUUCGUUCCCGCCUGCCAUGCAUCGCCUUCGACGCCCACUAAAUCAGCUACUUACCAAGGACCACAAGUGGACAUGGUCAGAAGAAUGUCAACGCGCCUUUGACUCUGUCAAAUCCAUGCUAAGUUCCGAUUUGCUACUCACACUACGAUCCAUCGGUGGAAAUUGUUGUGGCGUCGGACGCCUCGAACUAUGGAAUUGGCGCAGUGAUUUCACACAACGUGUGGUCAUCCCAAAGAAGUUACAACCAGCCGUCCUGAAUCAGCUCCAUAAAGGGCACUUGGGAACAAACAGGAUGAAGGCCCUUGCUCGGAGUUAUGUCUACUGGCCUUUGAUGGACUCCCAGAUCGAGCAAGUCUCGAAAUCUUGCCUGCGGUGCGCUGAAGCAUCCAAGUCACCGGUGAAAGCCUACCUAAGCUCGUGGCCGCAACCGACCGAACCCUGGUCUCGUCUUCACAUCGAUUAUGCAGUGGGUGGCCAACACUUUUUGGUCGUGGUCGACUCUUACAGCAAAUGGCCAGGAAUUGUUCUGGCGAAAAGCCCCACAACUGCCAUCACAGUUCUGGAACUCCGGCGAUUGUUCAGUCGUUUUGGAACGCCAGAGACUAUUACCCCAACUCACCUGACGGAGUAUCACCAGCAGAGGCACCGCUCCGAAGGAGGCUUCGAACACCGCAUGACACUAUCCGGUCACAAACGAAGCAGGCUGGUCACCGCAACACCAGAAUGGAGGAACAGUUCAACCGGCAUCAUGGAGCAACCGCGCGCAUUCAGCAAAGGCCAGAGAGUGUUGGGUCGUGACUAUAGCGGCAGACGCCCUACGUGUACCCCAGGACUCAUCCUCCGCCGGCGCAGCAAAGCGCUCUACGAGAUUCAAGUUGGUCCAGCCAAAUGGAUACGCCACGCGAACCAGAUCCGGCCGACAGAUGCGCCGAUCCUGCCCACAGGACCGAGUGAUGUGAGUCUAGAAAUGCUUCUGGACACUUUUGAUGUCGGCACCAUCCCAGGAAGUCAAUCUGCUGCUUCGUCAGAGUCCCAGCCUAAGCGCGAAUUACAACCGCGACGCUGGACAGACAGGAUCCGCAAGCCAACACCGCUUUGUGUGUGGAAGCUUAUCGAGAGCUCUCCAUACACUCUCACACGCCCGGAAAUCCGAGAAUACAAAGAACGUUUCAUGUUUACAAACUUCCAGGGCAGUCUUUGGUGGGCGAGCCUGUCAAGAAGAACAGACCGAUCAAACGAGUCAGAUGCGCCUUGGAAAUCCAGAAGUACUAGAAUUUCUAGCAUUGCUCAGGACAAUGAAUGCUCUGAUUCCAUCAGUAAUCCACGAAAGAAACGCAACCGAUCUGUUAGUGACGCUCUGCCUGAUGCCUCGCACGAUGAGAACUUUCAUGACCAACCGAGAAUGAAACCGAAAAAGAGGAAACGUUUCAAAGAAGUUGGCUUUGCAGAUGAUGUUUAUUCACACAUGGAUUUUGUUGAGGAACUUGAUGUUGAUACCGGUGAAGUUCGGGCUUUGCACUCCUUACUCGAUGGCCCAACCGAACAAAUAGCAAAAGAAGAUCGCGGACGAUUCACGUCAUCCGAAAAGCCGUUGUCUUCGCUCACCAACCGUGUUUACGGGCUUGUACUGCUACCGACCCGUGAAUUGGCUUUACAGGUACAUCACCAUCUCCGAGCGCUCGCUGAGUUUAUGGAUCGUCGCCCGAGAAUCGAAGUGAUUGUUGGUGGAAUUUCGCUGCAAAAGCAGGAGAGACUACUGCGAUACAAUCCGGACAUAUUGGUAGCUACACCCGGCCGUUUGUGGCAUUUUAUUCAGCAGGGUCAUCCUCAUGUUUGCACGCUCCGAACUAUGAACAUUUUGGUGGUUGAUGAGGCAGAUCGACUUUUGGAAGCGAACCAUUUUGAGGACCUACGACAACUCUUCAACUGGUUGAACAACCACACUGCCUCUGACCCGACAAAACAGAGACGGAAACGUCAAACUCUCCUAUUCUCUGCUACCCUUGCAUUCGUGCAUCAGGGGGCCGUGAAACCUGGCGCACGUUCCAAACAGAACAAGCGCCCGUCGGCGGCCAACGCUUUGACGAAACAGCUGAAAUUGGGCAAGUGCGCUCUUCGUGAUCUUUUGGGUAUGAGCCAGCGUGCCAAAGUGUUCGACCUAUCUUCGGCCGAAGAGCUGAAUCAGACAGAUGAUUCCGAAAAUGUCAGUGGCCUGGUACUGCCUACAGGAUUACGAGAAAUGCGUUUGCUUUGUCCCGAUAAACCAUCCAAGGAUAUACGCCUGUUCUGGUUCCUCGCCUUUGGUCGACACCAUUCGGAUAUGGACAAUCAGCGUUGUCUAAUUUUUCUCAACAGUAAAGCGGGGGUUCGUCGACUGGCAGGUGUUUUGCGUCAGUUGGUAUCCGUCAAUGCGUUUUCUGUCGGAAGCCGGACCGGCAUGCAGAACGUCAAUAUAUUGCAUGCCGACAUGAUGCAAAAACAACGAUUCCGUGCUUUGGAAAGGUUUCAGGCUGACCGUUAUGGAAUUCUCUUAGCCAGCGAUGUUGCAGCUCGGGGCUUAGAUUUGGCAACCGUGGACGGAUCCAAUGCCAGUGGGGUAGCAUGGGUUGUUCACUUUGAAGUUCCUCGGACAGCAGAAUUAUACAUCCAUCGGCGCGGACGCACUGCUAGAGCCAAUCGCUUUGGGACGAGUUUACUGUUUGUAUGUCCAGAAGAAAUGCCCCUUUGGCGUAGGCUAGCGACAAGCCUCAAACGCACCGAUCCCGAUCUCCCUGAUCUACCUUCGGAGCCUUCACACUUCCAGUUAGUUGCCUGUGAAAAGAUAGUCAAUUUGGCGAAACAACUCGACCUGGCCGAACAUUCAGCCGUUCGCCGCGCGGCUAACGAAGAUUGGUUUCAACAGGUUGCAAAAGAAGUAGACAUUGAGCUGGAUUCGGACUUUGAGCAAAAGGACGAUCCCGAUGGAGUAUGUACCCCAAAAAAUAAUGAACAAAAAUCCCACAAACGACGCCAGAUACGCAAACAACUCAGUGACCUCCGCAACACUUUGUCUCAGAAGGGAUAUGGCUUCCGAAAUGUUGAACUGUCGUCUGAACUCUGCCUUGAAAGCUGCCUUCUAAGCAGCCCUAUUGAAGUGCAGCACACCAGUGGUCCACGUCUAAACACCAACAUCAAGGAUAGAUUGCCGGACCGUGAUUCACCAAUGGUGAUUAUUCAUUUGUUUCCCUGUGUUCAGCAAAUUAUAGGGGUCGCACGACUGGUCGCCUAUUCGAGGGGAUUCGCGAUCGCUGCUCAUCCGAUCGAUACCAGCCACCAGAUCAAUCCGGUGGAAUUGCGAUUUACGGAAUGUCACCGAAUAGUCCCAAGACUAUGCGCCAAAGAGCAUUGGAAACAACCGAGGCGAUAA